AUGACGGCACGGACUUUCCUUUUUCGGCCGGACCACCAAGUUUCUUCAAGGUCCCUUUCCGAUUCAGAGACAUCAUCGAUUGUAUGCGAUGCACCUCCCUGUUGCUCCCGAGAAGUCACGUCCUUACUCUCAACCACCAUGCCUGGUGCUGCCCUCCCUCAAAUGGAGCCUGUUGUCCACCAUGCAGGCCUUAAAACAACUUUCCAUGGUCUCUGGCAUCCUUCCUCCACCCCUGAAGCUCCCAUACACCAGUUCAGAGGAAUAAAAUACGCCACGAUACCUGCACGUUUUCGCCAGUCGUGUCUGAAUACGGAUCUUCCCGCCCUUGUGGACUGCACUCAGUAUGGGCCUAUAUGUCCGCAGCUGCAGAAGAAAAGCCUCGAAGAGGAACUGUUCGGCAUGGGCCACGACGUUCCACAGCACAUUCUCGAACAAAACGAAUUUGAAUGCCUCAAUUUGAAUAUUACAUGUCCUGCUGGUCUAACUCCACGAUCUCGGAUUCCUGUUAUGUUGUGGGUUCAUGGAGGUGGAGACAGAGGAUAUGGCUCUUCGUGGAUAUACGACGGCGGCUCCAUCGUGCGUAAAGGCAUGCUCUCCGGAAAGCCCGUGAUGGUCGUUACUUUUAAUUUCCGCAUCGGAUUCUUUGGUUUUGCUGCUAGUCCCCUACUUCUUGAAGACAACGAAGCUGCACAAGAUGUUGGCGUUGGGAACUAUGGUCUUCGCGACCAACGACGUGCAUUAGAAUGGUUACACCGCUAUAUUCAAGAGUUUGGCGGUGACCUCAACAACAUCACUUUGUUCGGCGAGUCGUCUGGCGCUGCGGACAUCCUUUACCACAUGCAAUCAAAAGCCAACGACCACAACCCACUCUUUCAACGAGGAAUCGUUCAGAGCGCGAUUAUCGAUCAUAGUAUUCCUGACGUUGUCAGCGCCGGUUGGCAUGUUUCCCGGGUUAUGUCCAGUCUCGACGUUCAAACGGUGGAUGAACUGCGUUGCGUCAGCGCCGACAAGUUGAUGAAGCACAGUUGUGGGUCAAUGCUUCGUGCGGUUGACGACGGCCAUUUCUUCAUGCCUGAAUGGCGUUCCCAUCUUAUGCCUGAAUGGCGUUCCCAUCUUAUGCCUGAAGACGGCUCUUCCUCGCAUCAUUUCCGUCACAGUCUGCGGCCUCCCUCGAGAACACGCCACGGUAGAUCUCCUUCAAGAACACCCAGAAAGUUCCAAUCGUUGAUGAUUGGUGACACCGCCUCUCCCUCUCUUGUUUGGUCUCUACCAGCAUCACUUUGGACCUCGCAGGCCGUCGUUCGCCGGAUCAAUGCCAUCUGCCAAUCCAAAGCAAAAGCAACGCGACUGCUGGAAGAAUACGAUAUCGGUUUUGAGACACCGGACGACGAGAUUGUGGAUCGUGUGUUGGAGCUCAUUGCUGAUGCACGCAUAGCGUGGCCCACGGAAGUUGUGGCUGCACGUGCUCGCCAUCGUCGUGCGGGGACUGAUGCGGGCGUUUGGCGCUACGUAUUCGACCAGGAAGCCGCUGGACCUUCUCGGGUCAGCCACAAGGCAGACCUGGUCUAUCUCUUCGACAAUGUCCCUCAGUCAUUCGCGACACCCAACGGCAGCUCAUCAGUGAUUGACUUCUGCGACUCGUUUGACCUCUCGGACGAUGACGAUGCCCACGAUCUCAAGUUUGACUCGGACGAGGAGGAGGACGAGAUGUGGCUGGAGCCACAGGUCGACGAGUGGUCUUACAAACGGGUGCGGGACGCGAUGCAGGAGAAAUGGAUCGCCUUUGCCUAUGGCGAGUCCCCUUGGAGAGCGGACUCGGUGUUUGUCUUCGGACCAGAGGGCGAAAUUGGCGAGCGCUCGCGACAGAUAUUCAACGGGCGGAGAAGGCAUAGUGUUUGGGAAGAGGCUUUGGAGCCACUUGGCAUGCAGCUUGUGCAGAAAGUCGGUAUGGAGCUCAGUAGAGGACCGCCAGUCAGAGCCGGACUGGGGGGCAAGCUUUGA